CGAGGCGAUACGCGUGUCGUACCUCAUCGACGUGGGACCUCCAUCGUCUCUCAAGCUCUCAUCAUCGCACUCAUCGCCCUCAUCUCGUUCUCUCGCCAUAUCCUUCAUCGCAGCCACUUCCGGACAGCCCAUCGCAACCCCCAGACACUCAUUCACUCCCGGCGGUUGUCCCCGUCCGCCUCCACAUCCACGUCGCUCUUCCCACUUUCCGGCUUCGCGCCAUGGGCCGGAAACCUAGGGCAAGCCGCGGCGCAGCACCAGCGUUGAUGUUGCUGCUGCUCGCGGCGCUCGUGGGCGUGAUGCUGCUUCCACUCGCCCACGCCGCCCCCGAAGCAGCCAUCACUCGCUUCAAGCAGUUUCCGAAGAAGCUCUUCUACUUUGAUGACUCUGAGGUUGUGCUCUUGCACGAGUCUGACACUUCGCUGCAGCGGUCGACAAACGAGGGCAAGACGUGGUCUCAAGUGGAGCAGGUCACGGACGUAUUCAAGCUCAUUGAACACCCGUUCAGCAAGGAGAUUGCGUUCGUCAUCGGCAAGCACAAGAAGCAUUGGGUGACGCACAACCGUGGCGAGACCUGGCUCUCGUUUGAGACGGAGCGCGAGGCGACGCGCUCGUCUCAGCCACUCGCGUUCCACGCCACCCAGCCGGACUGGAUCCUCUUCCAGGGCACGGCGUGCGAGAAAGGCGGAGGCAUCAAAUGGCCUUGGGGUGGCAGCCAAACAUGCUGGGACGAGACGUUCUACACCAAGGACGCAUUCCGCACCGAGACGCGCAAGCUGCUUGCCCUCACGUCAGAGUGCAAGUUUGCACGCUCGAAGAAGGAGAUUGAGGCAGCUGAGAACCUCAUCUUCUGCAUCGCAUUCACGUCCAAGGCCGAGGACGGGCAGCAGCGGUAUGAAGAUGCGCGCCUUUUCCAGUCCUCUGACUGGUUCGAGAGCAAGGAGUAUGUCGACCUCGGUAUCGGCAAGCAGGCGCGCGGCGUCGUCGGCAUGGGCAUUGUGAGCAAGUUCAUGGUGGUGGCUGUCAAGUCGCCAGGCGAGAGCAAGCGAGGCAACUCGGAUCCCAUGCAGCUCUACGUCAGCACCGAUGGCAAGACCUGGAACCAGGCCCAGUUCCCUCACUCGGUCCUCCCCGACCUCGUGGAGAAUGCGUACACGAUCGUCGAGUCUACUACGCACUCUCUUGCCGUCGACGUGCUCCAGAGCAACAAGGGUAUCGGGACACUCUUCGUCUCAUCAUCACACGGCACCCAAUUCGUGCAGUCGCUUUUGGACACAAAUCGAAAUGAACGAGGGAUUGUCGACUACGAGCGUAUCUACGGCCUGGAGGGCGUCGGCAUCGCCAACACCGUCGUCAAUAGGGAGGAGGUCCGCAGCGGCGCGGCCAAAGAACUCUUUAGCUGGAUCUCUUACGACGACGGGUCGUCGUGGACGAACAUCAAGCCGCCCGCAAGCAAGCAGGACGGGUCGCGCUGGGACUGCGAUGUCAGUGACGCCGCCACCUGCUCGCUGCACCUGCACUCGGUGUCGGACCGCAAGAAUCUCGGGACGGUGUUCUCGUCGACCGCGCCUGGCUUCGUCAUGGGCGUUGGCUCCGUGGGCCCCCACCUCCUCCCUUACGAGGAGUGCGACACAUUCCUUUCUACGGACGCCGGUCUCAACUGGAAGAUGGUGCACGAAGGCGCCCACCUCUACGAGUUCGGCGACCAGGGCAGCGUGCUCGUCAUGGCCGACGACGAGCAGGCGACCGACCACGUCGACUACUCGUUCGAUGGUGGGGCGAACUGGAAGCAGCUCGACCUCGGCAUCAAGGUGCGCGCGCUUGUCUUGACUACAAUUCCAGACUCGACAUCGCAGAAGUUCCUCCUCCUAGGUCAGGCCAUGCGGGGUGACGACACGGGUGGGCGCUUCGUGACUAUCUUCCUUGACUUUGCCGGAUCCCAGCCCCGGCAGUGCGAUACCGGCGACUUUGAAAUCUGGUAUGCCCGCAGCACGGCCGACAGUGAGUGCCUCAUGGGCCACAAGCAAUGGUACGCGCGCCGCAAGCUCGACGCCCAGUGCUACGUCGGCCACAAGUUUGAGGACCCCGUCGGUCACGAGGAGAACUGCAAGUGCACGGCUGCCGACUUUGAGUGCGACUUCAACUACGUCCUCCAGAAUGGCAAAUGUGUAGCUGCUGGCCCCGAAACUGUCCCGCCCGGCGUCUGCAAGAACCCCGGCGACAAGUACAUGGGCUCGUCAGGCUAUCGGAAGAUCCCUGGCAACACGUGCGAGGGUGGCGAGGCGCUCGACGAGAAGGUACAGAAGGACUGCAAGGGCACGAGUGCGCCCGAGGACGGCAAAGUGUCGUCCGUCGUGCACAACUUUGAUGCCAAGGUUCUGCGCCACAACUACUUUGCCAACUCGCUCACUAUCCUGCUGCACCUGUCGGACGGCUCGGUAUGGCAGUCGAGCAACGAGGGCUACUCCUGGACGCAGUUGCAGAAGGACACCAAAUUCCUCGCCGUCAUCAUGCACGACUUCGACGACCAGCGCGCAUACCUCCUUACCGAAGGGCGGACGGUCUACUACACCACCGACCGCGGUGGCUCGUGGAACACGUUCACUGUACCCGACGACCCGAACAACCUCGGCAUCCCGAUCUUCGAUUUCCACCCCGAGAAGUCGGACCGCCUCAUCUUCACGGGCUCAGUCGAGUGCGGCUCCGAGAUCUCGAAUACCUGCCACGCCAAGGCAUCGUACUCGGAGGACCACGGUAGACGCUGGUACGAGAUCGAUACCUACAUCAAGAGUUGUCAGUGGGCACGGGACACCCAGCUCAAGGUUGACGACCGCAUGAUCAUCUGCGAGUCUUACAAGGAGAAGAGGGGAUCGCAGCGCCGCCCCGAAAACAACCAGAUCCAGCUCAUUGCCGGUCGCAACUUCUACAGCGUCAAGGACGUGCUCUUUGACUCAGUCGUGGGGUGGACAACCUUUUCUGAGUACCUGCUUGUCGCCGAGCGCAAGGGAGGCACUACUCUUACCCUGCAAGUGUCGCUCGACAGCAAGCAGUGGGCUGAGGCCCAGUUCCCCCCCGGCCUGCGCAUCGAUAACCACGCAUACACGAUUCUCGAGUCUAACACGCACUCGGUGUUCCUGCACAUGACGAUGAACAACGAGCAGGGGAACAAGUGGGGCAGCAUCUACAAGUCCAACUCGAACGGGACAUACUACUCGCUCUCGAUCGAGCACGUCAACCGCGACUCCAAGGGCUACGUCGAUUUUGAGAAGAUGAUUGGCCUCGAUGGCAUUGCCAUGGUGAACAUUGUGGCGAACCCGGAUCACGCGGAUAUCGCAGGCAAGAAGAAACUGCAGUCUCGCAUCACGCACAACGACGGCGGAAGGUGGACGCCCUUGACGCCGCCAGCCAAGGACUCGCUCGGCCAGGCGUACAAGUGUGACACCACAGCGUGCGCGCUCCACGUGCACGGCUACACGGCGAGGCGCGACCCGAAAGCGACUUACUCGUCGCCAUCAGCGGUAGGAUUCAUGCUAGCUGUCGGCAACGUCGGCGAGGAACUGGCCGCGUACGACGACAGUGACAUCUUCCUCACCCGCGACGGCGGCUCCACGUGGCAGGAGGUCCACAAGGACGCACACAUGUGGGAGUAUGGCGACAGUGGCUCGAUCCUUGUGCUCGUCAACGACGAGGGGCCGACGGACCACAUCCUCUUCUCCAUUGACCAAGGCCUGAGCUGGAACACGUACACUUUCGGCGAGCGGCUGCGCGUCCAGACUAUCCAGACGGUGCCGCAGGACACGAGCCGGCGUUUCUUCCUCAUCGGCCAGCGGCCGAGCGACAGGGACCGCUCUGUCCUCGUCCACCUCGACUUCCAGAGUGUGCUCACGCGCAAGUGUGAGUAUGACGCCCAGAACCCCAACAACGACGACUACGAGCUCUGGUCGCCUGCCGAGCACCGCGAGGAGGAGUGUCUGUUCGGGCGAAGGACGUUCUACCACCGCCGGAUCCGGGACAGGGCAUGUUACGUCGGAGAGAAGAUUGAGCAGCUCCACAAGGUCGAGAAGGGGUGCGAGUGCACAGCCGCCGACUUUGAGUGCGAGUUCAACUACUAUCGCAACCUGGACGGCAAGUGCGUCCUGGUAGAUGGAGCAAACCCGCUCGGGGUGAGCACCGAGGAUGAACAGUGCGUAGACUUCGAGACGACAUGGUACGAGCGCACGGCGUACCGCAAGAUUCCCUACUCGUCCUGUGUGGGAGGCGAGCGCCUGGACCGGGGGCCGUCGCACGCGUGCCCGGGCCUGAUCGGUGCGCGCCUGGGCGGCCUCUUCUGGGCGUCGAUCGUGCUCCUGCCCUUCGCGUGUGCAGGUCUCGGCGGGUAUUGGUGGUACGCCAAGGCGGGGCGGCCCGGCGCGAUCCGGCUCGGCGAGCACCGCGCUUUCGGCGCUCAGUCUUCGGGCCUCAACACCGCGGUCCAGGUUCUGGCAUCCGUGCCGUACUUCCUCCUCGGGCUCAUCAGCGCCGGAUGGAGCGCGCUCGAGCGGCGCGUGCCAGCCCUCGAGCGGUUCACAGGCCGGCGGCGGACGCCAUACCGUGCCAUUCCGAUCGACGACGACGCCGAGCUGUUGGGCGAGUACGAGGACGACUAGGUUGGCGAAGUGGCUCGGUCGAGAAGAUAGAACAUAGCAUGCAUUAGAUCACUUGCCCCUG